UUGCAUCAGCAGUGUUUUAGACAAAUGUUAUAGUUGUGAAUUGAAGUAAUUCUCAGUUUACUUUUGCUGUACAGUUAAUACAUGGAGUUAGAUCAACAGUAUGUCAACUCUUAGAAAGGGAUACAGCUGUGUCUUUUCAGUACCCACACCUCUGUACAUAAACAUUACAAAACAUAAAUCCCUCUGUGGUUUAUAAAACGUAGAGAUGUGAAACUUCAAUUCCCUCACAAUUCAGUGUCCUUAUUUUGAUGCAUAUUUGAAUCAAUGUAAUGUGUAUCUGUACAUGUUUGUUCUGUAUUUCAUAGGUCCAUUUAAAAGGUUCUGAUGUCCAGACUCUAGAUGAACCAAAUGCUACUAUGGAUCCAUCUGCCGCCUCAGUGGAAACACACACUCAGAACAUUUCCAUCCAGAGCAGUGCAUCCUCAGUCUCAGCUGAUGCGUCCAGACUCAUCAGUAUCCAUCUGAGCAUGUCUCAGGAUUCUGUGGAUGACAUGUAUUACGGCUGUUCCCACAAGAUGCUCAUCAAAGUCAAACGCUACUACCUCCCCAGAAGCACUAGAGAAGGUUUGCAUUCACCAUACACAAAACUGUGUGCCAAUAAAGCCAUGAAGGUGAAGGACAGCUAUGACCCGCUGUCCUGGAAUCACUUCAGGGCUCUGUGUGCCUACACUGCAGGGGCCUACGAUGAGUUGAACCGUGCAGUCCGAAAAGAGAAGACUUCCUACAAGACCUCAUUUCAGUUCCAUGCCCUGCACUUUCUUCUGUCUGAUGCCAUCAGGCUCCUAAAACUGAACCAGCGAAGCUGCUAUACAGUUUACCGCAGAAGCAGACUACUUUUCAUAGGUGAGCCUGGACAAAUCAUCCGCUUUGGUUCUUUUGCCUCCAGCUCCCUCAACAAAGACCUGCAUCAGUUCGGUCGGAGGACCUGCUUUGAGAUGCACACCUGUUUUGGUGCCUACCUCAAGUCCUAUACGGAGUUCGAUUCAGAUGAGGAUGAAGUACUGAUUCCUCCAUAUGAAAUGUUCAGUAUCAUCUCAGUUGAUAAAUCAGGAGAAAAUGAUUUAGACUGUGAUGUUUUCUACAAGUUGGAAACAGCUGGGGUUUACAGCAGACUGAACUGCCAAGCUGUGGGCCUUUAAUCCAAACCUGGUCAGAUGCAUUAGAAACUACACCUGGGCCAACAGGACUCAACUGUCCCACAAGAACUGUUUUUGCAAUCGUGCAGUCAUGCUUUACCGAGGAAAGUGUUUUUGUUUUUUUAAAUGUAGCUGAAUGUUGAGCACUUUACUGAAUAAUAAAUCUGUUGACGUGAAAUAUCUGCCUCCAUUUCAUGUCUUUAUCAACCAAUGAGAAAUCACUGGGGGGAAAAAAUUAUACUGUAUAUAUCUUGAUCCCUAAUAUCAAUCUGAGCCAAAAACUUAUUUAAACUACUACAAUCCAGUUUAAGUAAAAUGAUCCCAUAGUGCCA